AUACAGUGCGUAUGUACUGACACGCAACUAUAGACGUAAUAUCCAUAUAGCUACAAUCAUUUUUAGUAUGCGUCGAAGUCUCGUCGAAGGCAGUCUGCUCUAAUGCUUCUUCGUCGACUGAGUUGCAUCUCGCAGGUAUGUAGGUUGAUUUUAAUUUGAAUUGGCUUGUGGAUCGAAUCAGCAACGAUUUACAAGGAUAUGACGAACUUAAUGAUAACUGUUGAACGUAUCAUUGGCUGUUUACACAACAAUGUAACUUUUCUUCAAAAAAAAAGCACAUUAAAAAUGUAGAAAAUCGGACUUUGAUCCUGCCUUAUGUUAUCGGACAUCGACGGAAUAGGAAAGCAGUUGUUAUGAAUCAAAUAUUUUUCUCACGAUUUUGAUGCUUUUUCGCAAAACGUCAAUAAACUCAAUUGGAAUAUACCGAAGUGAACAUGUUAUUUUGCUAAGAAACAAUUUAGCAGAAAUAAUUUUACAUGUGCGCGAUCACGAUUAGAAUUUAUUCGAUUCAACACUGAUUAUAUUGUAGGUAUUGGAAUAAAUUCUUGUUGCCAUAAUGAUACAUGGAAGAAUAAUGUCUUCCUUUUUAUGGAAACGAUUUAAUUAUCGUCUACAACCCAAACAAUUAAUAAAUAGACAAAAUAUGGCUAUUAUGCUAAUAGCUCCCAGAUUGUUGUCAACUUGUGAGAUUACUAAGAAUAUAAAGUUUAUCUCCCAUGAUAAUGAUAUUAGAGUAUCAAAAUACACAGUGCAAACUUCUAAUUCAUCAGAAAAACGACCUUUGCUAGUUUUAAUUUGUUGGCUUUUAGCUAAAGAGAAACACUUUAUGAAAUUUGCUGAUUUGUAUUUACAACAAGGAUUUGAUGUUACGUUAGUAACUAUCACUCCAUGGCAGCUUAUGUGGCCUGAAAAAGGAUCCAGAAUAAUUGCAGCAGAUUUGUUGACAUUCUUACAAGAGAAUCAAGAUUAUCAACAAAUUAUGCUGCAUGGAUUUUCUGUGGCUGGUUAUAUAUGGGGUGAAGUUUUAACUCAUGUACAUAGCGAUCGUGAAAAAUAUAAUAAUGUUAUUGAUAGAAUUAUUGGUCAUGUAUGGGACAGUGCUGCAGAUAUUACCGAAUUGGUUAUAGGCACACCACGUGCUAUAUUUCCUAAUAACCCUUUGUUGCAAUCUAUUAUAAAAAAAUAUUUAAUCUAUCAUAUGAAAGCAUUUUACAAGCAAUCUACACAGUAUUAUCUUCGUUCUAGUCAGAUGUUUCAUACAAAUUUAAUACGCAGUCCAGCACUUUUUCUGAUGAGUAAUGUAGAUCCUGUGGGACCAGUAAGUAGUAAUAUGAGAGUAAGGGAUUCAUGGGAAUCUUUAGGUAUAAAGACUUAUGUCAAAAUAUUUGAUGGAUCACCACAUGUAGGACAUUAUCGAAAAUAUCCGAAAGAAUAUGUAGCAGAACUUCAUGCAUUUUUAGGGAUGUUAAACUUAAUCAAGAAUAAAGAUAAAAUUACAGCUCAAGGCUAAAUUAAAAUAGAUGAUUGAAUAUAAAUAUUAUUAAAAUCUUUAUAUUCAUCUAUGUCUAUGUGGUAUAUGUACACCAUUCAUUGUUAUUUAGUAUCUAUAUAUGUAAUUUACUAAUAUUAUAUGUGCAAUGUCACAUUAAGAAGAUCAAUUUAAUAUAGAAAAAUUUUUACUUUUUAAAAAUAAAUCGUAUAUAUAAUCUCAUUAAUGGAAUAUACUGUGUAUCAUCUAUAGAAAGUAAAACGAUCGUAAUUACUUAAGGCGAAAGGAUACAUUAAAAGAAUAAGUAUUUUUGAAAUAUAUUUUUAAGACUGAACGUAUUCGUGACUAUUUUAAAUUGAAAUCUUUGUAACAUAUUUUUGCAAAAAAUAUAUUAAAAUAUAUGUAAAUUUUAUUAAA